UGCUUACUUACUGUGUAGAUACGUCUGUUUGAUACUGUUCAUGCUUCAUAUAGGCCAGUUUUUAAAAUAAAUUUAACAUGUGUAUCAGCUAAACACAUUUCAACUUCGGGAUAAUGACAUCUCUGCACUUUUUGGCCUUCGCAUUGCCGGGAAAUGAAGAUCAAUUAAAUGAAAGGUUACGUGAUGUGGCUGAAAAGUUGCAUAGUGGUCAGACCAGUGGUCUGGCAGUUGCUGGUCACCUAAAAGACUGUGGCAUCCAGCAAUGUGUGGUUGGACCAUCUCAUGUUGCUUUUCUCUUGGAGGAUGGACAGGUGUGCAGAGUCGCUUUCUCUGUGUUGGUUGACCGGCUGGACCUAAGCAGGAAUGAGGUGUCUAAAGUUCUCAAUCUGAAAGGUGGCGGAGGAGCAUCAUCUGGUGCUACGCCAUCUUCCUCCGGUGGCACAGGAGGAAGUGGGGGAGCCCGUGCCAGGUCUAGAGGCAGAAUUUUACGUUCAGCAUCUAGGGGACGCAGUUCAGGUGUCAUUAUGGGAUCCCGUCCAGUAGUGCCAGCACCUUACGUGCCAGAAGAGUUGGUAUCGCAGGCACAAGUUGUGCUGCAGGGAAAGUCCCGUAACCUCAUCAUUCGAGAACUCCAGCGGACGAAUCUGGAUGUUAACUUGGCCGUCAACAACCUCUUGAGUAGAGAUGAUGAAGAGAGUGAAGAUAUUGACGAUGGGCAGGAGUCUUACAUGCCAGGAGAUGACUUGAUUUCCUUAUUGGAUGCUGGCAUACACAGUGAUCACCCAAGCGUCAUCAUUGAUGCGGAUGCAAUGUUUUCUGAAGACAUGUUUGGCUAUGCUAACCUGCGUAAUCGUGCUGCGAACCGUGGUCGGACAGGUGACCAAGAGCGUGAUAGCCUUUUCCGUGUGCGCGAACGCCACUACUCUGGGUCACGACGGUGGCUAGAGUCUGCGCUCAGAGACAGUGGCUCCGACCUCACUGACACCAAAAAACUGAACCCCCUGUGGUUGGCAGAUGACCCAGAAUACUGGACUCCUCCUGACAAGAAUGUCAAAUUCACACACAUUACUGGCCUAUACUCUGAGUUGAUAGCCUUGAGUUCUAGCGGUCAGCUGUACCAGUGGAAAUGGGCAGAAUCUGAUCCAUACAAGCAUCCGGAUAACCCUGUAAUCCAUCAUCCUAAGACAGUGUCUUUAGGUCUCCUUGGUGAACGCUGUGUUCUGGUAGAAGGACGAUGCGUGCGCGCUACAGUAGUAACAGAGUCUGGCCGUGUGGCUACAUGGGUGGACGACGCGUUAGGGCCUGCAGUUUCCCAGCGCCUAGAGCAUCCAGCCCAAGUGUUUCCUGAGCUCCAGGGAGAACCUGUUUCUGCCCUCUAUGUCUGCUCCCUGUACACUUGCGUCCGCCUCCAGUCAGGGGCUCUCUACUGGUGGGGCGUGUUGCCAUUCAGUCAGCGCAAGAAACUAUGGGAGAAGGCGAGCUGCCGUGCCAAAAAGCAGCGUGCCAUGAGCCAGGCGAGCGAAAUUGUGGUGGGGUCGCAGGUGUGCAUGCGUAACAGCCCGAUGUACCACCCAGGGGCAUUGGCUUUUACCACUCAAGGUGGUGUGCCUAGAGUAGGGCAGCUUCUGGCUGCUGCUUGGGGCAUUCCAGAUACCUGCCACUUCAAGAUACUUAGUGACAAGAAGGGAGAACCCUGUGAGGCAUCUAAAGCACAGUCAGACAAGGGAGGUUCCUGCGACCGCACAGAGAUGCCUCCUCCUCCAUCGCCAGCCUCGUCAACAUGUAGUGAACCUUCUUCUGGUCAAAGCCCUCUUCCUCCACACAAACGCAAACACAAGAACAGCACUUCCUUAGACAUUCUGGAACAGAGGAGUAGAGAUGAAGAGGAAUGGCACCUCAAGGAUGUUGUGUUUGUGGAAGAUGUCAAGAAUGUUCCUGUAGGACGGGUGCUCAAAGUUGAUGGCGCCUAUGUGGCAGUGCGAUUUGGCAAAGAUGGAGAGUCUCAACAAGAUCCUCUGGCAGAGUGCCGUCUGCUGCGACGUGAUGAGCUGCAACCUGUGCGAGGAACCAUGCCUCGCCUCCCCGAUUGCCUGCAGAGGACGCCACGGAGGGUGUGCAUCCCAUCUGACCCACAUAUCCUAGCCAUGGCUGUAGACCCCCAAGGUAUCCAUGCUGUAGUGCGCAAUGGAGGCCAUUUGAGCUAUGUGGUGUACAAUAUUGUCACGGGUCGAGCGGAGCAAGACAGUCCAUUCCCUACGUACCUCCACUCAUUCCUGGGACAGGACCAAAGACAGGUGUCCCUCACUAUUGCAGGAGAAAGUGAGAGCCUGGCUCUGCUGCGUGAUGGCAACAGUGCCCUUUACCCUCUAGCCAAAGAUUGCCUGGAUGGAGUCCGAGAUCCUUGCUGGUUGGAUCUUCCCCCAGUGCAGGCUUUGGGCCUUGGUGUACACCUCCUGAGGGAUGCUCAUGCAAACCAAAAGAACCACAUUGCCAUCAUAGUGCUUGCUCUGAAGAAUCAAUCUCUGAUGGCAUCCAUCCUCAAAAAUGAUGUAGAAUCCGUGCGACAAACGCUUGUUUCACUAGAAAGUGAGAGCGGAAGCAAUCUCCAAGACAUCUUGGCUGAACGUUGUGAUGGCAACCGUAACAUUCUUCAUGCUGCUGUGUCUGCCUGCUUUCCAGCAUCCAACAAAGAGAAUGAAAACUCGGACACCAACAAUGGCCUGGAAUCUCUUGACUUGCUAUCCAGUUCUCCUUCCUCGAGCAUCACAGUACUCUCUAGCAGAAACAUGUCCUUAUGUGAGGUAAUGCGACGUGCAACUUCAGCAGCCCUCAGUCUCUCUGGACUUGAUUCCCAAGAAUCUGAAGCAGAUUUUCACAUUCCAACUCUUAGCUGGCCUCCAGAACCUUCGACUGACCAUGCCACUGGACGUGGUACUGCCAAAACAGGACAGACCAGUGGUGGUAGCAGCAGUAGAGCAGGAGAAUUGGUAGGAGGGUGUCCUGCACUGAGCAUUCUCUUCCUUAUGUGUGACUCUGCUGCUCUGAAGCCGCACUUGCAGGAGCUAUUGUGUGCAAGGGAUGCACAGGGCUCUACCCCAUUCAUGCGUGCUGUGGCUGGCCGAGCGUACCAUGCCGCCCUGCUUUUGCUUGACACUGCCCAGCGAGUGGCCACCAUGCAUACUGGCUCUGCAGAAGGGGCAGAGGGGCCCAGAGCCACCUUGCUGCGCUCUAUGAUUUAUCCCGUGGGCUGCUCCCCUGAUGACUCUCCAUUACAUGUACUGUGUUGCAACGACACAUGCAGCUUUACUUGGACUGGGGCAGAGCACAUCAACCAAGACAUCUUUGAGUGUCGCACAUGUGGGCUGGUGGGAUCCCUGUGCUGCUGUACAGAGUGUGCUCGUGUGUGCCACAAGGGCCAUGACUGCAAACUGAAGCGUACAUCACCGACAGCCUAUUGUGACUGUUGGGAAAAGUGCAAGUGCCGUGCCUUGGUGGCUGGCCACCAGGGGGCACGUGGUUUACUGCUCAACCGCCUUGUCACUGACACAGAUUUGGUUACUCUACCCAAUGCCAGAGGGGAGACAAUCCUACUGUUCCUGGUGCAAACAGUUGGGCGGCAAGUGGUUGAACAGCGCCAGUACCGCCCGUCUCGUUCGCGCAGUUCUAAUGCGCCCAGGAAGGUCUCCAGCUCAGAUCUUGCUGAAGCAGACAUGCCAGAACAUGACCUCGAACCCCCACGUUUCUCUCGGCGUGCCUUGGAGCGUCUUCUGAGUGACUGGUAUGCUGUACAGACCACCCUGAUGGCUGGUGCACGGGACUACUCAGGAUGCUCUGCUGCUCCCACCACUCAGAAUGCUGAGGGAGGAUCUUGGAGUAAUGCACCAUUGGGCUGUGAGGAAGAGCAAUGGCACCUUGGAGCACAGAAUGGCACUGCCCUGCUUGACAAGUUUGUUCAUUGUUUACUUGUCAAGUGCAGCAUGGAGAUGCUGGAUACUCUACUUACAACUCUCAUCCGAGAGAUGCAAAACGAGGCUGUGCCAGGUCGCAGUGCUGAAGCUCGCCGUGUCGCACAUCGCUUUGUGCGUAGUGUCACACGCAUUUUUGUGAUUCUCACCAUUGAAAUGGCACCAAAUAGUGGAAGAAAGAAAAGUGGGAGCAGUGGUGGAGGAAGUCUGACAGGUUCUUCUCAACCUUUGGUGAAGUGCAGAAGGGUGCUUCAGGCCCUGCUACCACUGGCCGUGCAAGAGUUGUGCCAGGCGGCAGAUGCCCUGCUCGCUCCUGUACGCUUGGGUGUGGCACGUCCUACUGGUGCCUUUAGCUUGGUUUCCUCUUGCAUUGACGCAGUACAGGGAAGUGAGGAGCUCUUUGUUGUGGAACCCAUGGUACCUCGCACUGUAGAACAGACAUCCACUUCACCUUUGGUGGAUUCUGGGAGCUUGUCUCAACAGCAAGGACCCCUGUCAGCAACUGCACCACCCAUGAAUAUGAGAGACGCACUGGACGACGACGAGGUGGAUGUUGUAGAAGGGAACAACCGAGAGGAUCCAGAGGAAAGUGAAAGGGAGGACCGUAUGGAAACCUCUGAACAAGAUGGCACUCCUGCUCAUGAACAUAACGAUGAAGAGAGUGACAGUGACAGUGACCCUGACAGUGCAUCAUACCAGAGUAAUCAAGACAAUGCCAGUGCUCAGCGAAGUGCUACUACAGGUGCCACAGCAGGCUCUGAUGCAGAAGAUGACUCUGGUGAGUCUUCCAACAUGGAGGAAGAGGAAGAGAGUGAGGCAGGUGAUACAGAGCCAGACACAGAAGAAUUGGCCCUGCUGGAUGACCAACUGGAAAGGAGAGCAGCAUCUGGAACAUCUGCUGGCACAGGCUCUGCAGCCUCUGGUGGCCUCCUGGGAGGCCCUACUCGUCCAGGCGGAGCAUCUUCGCUUGCUCCACAACAUCUGCAGUGGGCUCUCCGUCAACGUGGGGAUGCCCUUGGAGGACGUUCGCAUCUCUCAUCAUCAGGUUCCUUGGUCUCGUUGGCAGGAUCAAGUGGCCUGGUGUACAUCGACCCUAGCUCUCUGCGGCGUUCAGCAGCAGCUGCCAGUGGAGGAACAUCUGGGAGUUCAGUUGCGGCUGCAGCACUGGCACCUGAGUGGAGUCCUGCCACAACAGCUGUUGGAUUAGCACGGGCUUUUGGAGCUCUCCUGCGGCAAAUAUCAGACCUCGUGGCUGUCUGCCAAGAUUGUGCCGUUGGAAGUGGCGGGAGUGCGGGUGGCCUGACCAAGUCCCUGGACAUUACCUAUCAGGACCUACUUAGUGUUCAGUCUUAUCUAGACCAACAUCUGAAACCAACAUGGGAUUGGCUUGUAGCUGUCAUGGACUCUACAGAAGCUCAACUGCGGUUUGGCUGUGCCCUUACUGGUGGUCACGCAGAAAUGGGAGGUGCUACAGCAGGCUCCUCUCAGGGUCCAUCACAGCAGAGAGGAAGUGCACCAGGUCGCAGGGGUAAUGUAGAAGACCGUACGGCAACAACAGGGUUAGACGGGCGCAGCAGAAGGUCACGAAUAUCUACCUAUGUUACUUCCAACAUGGCCCACAGCUUUCAGAGGGGAGAUGUUCGUCGGAAGCAAGAAAAACAAGUUGUUUCUACCUUGCCUGGCCAGUUGUCCAGUUGGAGGCACCAGAGGUGUGCUAACCUGAGAGGCUCAGAGACUGUAUCUGCCCGCAGAGAUUUCCUGUCCUACGCUUUGUCCUUAAUGCGUGCCCACAGUAAUGAGCACUUUGACUCCCUUCCUGUCAUGGAUGUGGCUGCCUUGAAGCAUGUGGCCUACGUGUUUGAUGCCCUCAUCUACUUUAUGCGUUCUGGAGCUUCAUCCGAAAACUCUGAGGUACCUCAAGCUGAGAGAGGUGGUGGACCCGAAGGCUUCCUUUUGCUCGACUCCUGGUAUGCAGAGGAUUAUGCUGAAAAUGAUGAUCCAGAAGAGGACUCAGCCGUUGGUUCCGCAGUACAGACAUCUACAAACGGUCCGUCUGGUGAAUCAGAAGGAUAUUGCUGUGGUGAUGAAGAGGGCCUCGCAAGUGGGUCUCUGAGGGGUGGUCGACGACAUCCCUUCUUCCAACGUUCAGACUCCACCCUUUGCCUUGGGUGUCCUCCGCCAGACCCCUUUGCAACACCCUUGUCAGAGGCUUUGCCCCUUGCUGAUCGACCCCAACUACUCACACCAUCAGCGACAAGGCAGGACCUUUUUGGUGCUGUCCGUUCAACACAACAAAGUGUCUCAACAGAUGGAGGAUGGAGUUCUUCUGUUCCUCCUCAUCUUGGUCUUUCCUUGAAUGGGGCCCAGCAGCCUCAAGUAGCUCUUACUCCCCUGGGCAAGGCAGCUGUGCUCCCUCGCAAUGCACCGCAACAGGAGUGCUCUGCACCAGCAAAGUCUAGCGUUAUUGUCUUGGCAGGAUCUCAUCGAGCUCAAGCUCAGGUUCCUGAGAACCAGGGCUAUUCAGGUGCCCCAAGUCCAGCUGCAGAAGUUACGGUAACAUCAACAAUUACAGCACCACAAAGGGUGGAGAGCAACUAUGCAUCUUCUCAUGGGGGAUCUUCUGCUGCACCCCCUGUGAGGAGUAGCACUGGAGGAGUCCCGCAAAACCAGCAGCAGGUAGGGGUAUCCCAUGAGGUACUACUCAGCCGCUGGCAACUGACUUUGGAGCUCUUUGGGCGUGUGUUUGUGGAUGAUGUUGGCGCUGAGCCAGGUUCUGUCAUCUCAGAACUUGGAGGAUUUCCCAUAAAGGAAGUGCGCUUCCGCAGAGACAUGGAAAAGUUGAGGAACUCGCAACAGAGAGACCUUACUUUGCCAAAGAUGGAACGGGACCGUAAUGCCCUGCUACAGCAGACCUUCAAGGAACUCAACAGUCAGUACAGCAGCUACAGCAGACGCAGCCUUGGUGGUGGUACACCUCCUCUGGCCAUCAACAGGGUCAAGGUCACCUUCAAAGAUGAACCGGGAGAGGGCUCGGGUGUAGCUCGCUCGUUUUAUGCCGCAAUUGCAGAAGCUGUGCUUUCGCCAGAGAAGCUGCCAAGCCUGGAAGGGUGCCAGGCUACAGCCACUGGCAACCACCGCUCCUUACAAUACAAUCUUAUUCAACGUCUGCGGUCACGUGACAAAGAGCGUAGAGGAGGCGCUCCUUCCAAGUCCUCUACAUCGUCCUCUGCUAACAGCAGCGGAGGCUUGCGCUAUGAUGCACCUCCUUUUGUGAUGCCAGGCGAAGCUGGAGGAAGCAGCCAGGCAUCUAAUGACCACUUGAGCCCACACAGGCAGCAACUAGGGCAGCGACUCUACCCUCGUGUUCACGUACUUAGACCUUCUUUAGCCAGCAAAAUAACGGGCAUGUUGCUGGAGCAAUCUGCAGCUCAACUCUUGCUGUUGCUGGCCUCAGAAGAUGCCCUGAGGCAGAAGGUUGAUGAAGCUGUAGAAAUCAUCGUUUCUCAUGGAAGGGAAUCGGAAUCUCUCCUUGAUCUGGACGUAUUUGCCCUGGGAGAACGACGACCCGCUACUCGGCGGUCAGACGCCGAGGAAGAGGAAGAAGACUGUGGUGAAGACAACCUUCCCCUCAUGUACCAACCAGGCAAACGUGGCUUUUACUCUCCUCGGCAAGGAAAAUGCACGCUGGACCGUCUUAAUGCAUUUCGCAAUGUUGGUCGGAUCAUAGGGUUGUGCCUUCUUCAAAAUGAACUCUGUCCUGUGUCUCUGAACCGUCACGUGAUCAAGUACAUACUCAACAAACGAAUUGGCUGGCAUGACCUGGCAUUCUUUGACCCAUUGUUAUAUGAGUCUCUCCGUCAGCUUGUCCUAGAAGCCGAGUCACGCAACUCCAAUAAUGUCUUCUCUGCACUUGACCUCACCUUCUGCAUAGACCUAUGCACAGAAGAGGGUGGUGGGUCUGUUGAGCUGAUUCCUGGAGGGCGCGAGACUGAAGUCAAUGCAUCCAAUGUUUACCUAUAUGUCCGCAAGUAUGCAGAGUACAGGAUGAUCAAGUCACAAGAAAGAGCACUCGGGGCCAUGCGCAUGGGUGUGUAUGAUGUCUUACCAAACAACACAUUGGAAGGACUGACUGCUGAGGAUUUCCGGCUCCUCCUAAAUGGAGUGGGAGAGGUCAACGUCCAGGCCCUCAUCAGUUACACUUCUUUCAAUGAUGAGAGUAAGGAAAGCAGUGACAAGAUCAUCAAGUUCAAACGAUGGUUUUGGUCUAUGAUGGAGAAAAUGCCCAACCAGGAGAAACAAGAUCUGGUAUACUUCUGGACAGGCAGCCCUGCACUGCCAGCAAGUGAAGAAGGGUUCCAACCAAUGCCAAGCAUUACUAUCCGGCCGCCGGAUGAUCAUCAUCUGCCCACAGCAAACACUUGCAUCUCCCGCCUCUACCUCCCCCUUUAUUCCUCCAAGGCUCUGCUCAAGGCCAAGAUACAGAUGGCCAUUCGAACCAAAAACUUUGGCUUUGUCUGAGGAGCUUAUGCUGUUCAUAGUACUGUCUACACAGAAGUAAAUAAACACCUCCAAGGCACA